GAAAACAUUGACACAACCUUAUAUCCAAUCUUUCCAAUUACUGAUAUACCUGAUUUUAAAUGCCCAAACAGUUGCAGUCAAUCUGAAAAGAAGUUUAUCGAACAAUUAUGUGUUACUGAGGGCAAGCUGAAUGAUAUUGAAAAGAAAACAAGGGCUCAAGCCCAGUCUGCAGAAUGGAAAUGUGAAAGAAAGUACAGGUUAACUGCCUCAAACUUUGGACUUAUCACUAAAAGGAAAAGAAAUCAUGAUUCUCUUGCAAAUAACUUGCUCAAUCCAAAGCCCUUUAAUUCAAAGUACACAGCCCAUGGCAACAAGUAUGAGUCAACUGCAUUGCAACAAUACCAGAAAUAUAUGCAUGCAAUUGGAAAACCUGUAGUGUUAUUCAAAUCAGGGUUUGUUGUAUGCAAAGAUGCACCUUUCCUUGGAGCUUCUCCAGAUGGGAAAGUUAUUGAUGCAGGAUGCAGUGAACCCUAUGGUCUUGUCGAGGUAAAAUGCCCUGAGACAAAAUACAGGGUAACUCCUUUAGAUGCCUGUUCAGAUCCAAAGUUUUGUUCACAUGAAGUUGCUGGAAUACCACAACUCAAGCAUGACCAUGAUUACUAUGCUCAGAUACAAGGUCAACUAGGAGUGACACAAGCAAAGUGGUGUGAUUUUGUUAUAUAUACUGACAAGGGACUCAGCAUCGAGAGAAUUAAAUAUGAUCACCAGUACUGGAUAAAUAUGAGAAAUAUGUUGCAGUCAUAUUACUUUGAUCAUUUCAUCAAUUUGGCAACUACUGAAUACAAUGCACAAUAG